AUGCUUACCUCCGCCGCAAUCGGGCGAUCGCUGAGUUGCGCUGCACAACGCAUUUUGCCAAGAUCUAUCGCACUUUCAGCGCCCAUGCCCACAACCGCAACCGCGGCGCAAUGUGCAAAUCGUGGUGUAUCUUCUCGUGCACAGUGCGCACAAAAUGUUAGUAAGAGUAAAAAGGAAGAGGAAAAGAAGGAUAACGACAAGCCGAAAUCAAUGUGGUUUAAUCCGGAAUGUUGUCUAGAUCCGUGUCCUGAUUUGUUGCCACGGUACGAUGAACUCUACUAUAAGCCAUCGGAUAAGCUAAAGCGUAAGUACACACAAACUUGGGUUGAGUGCCCGAGAGUGAGAGUUGCGCCCAAGAAAAUCUGCUGUUACAAGAAGGUCAUACCGCCGCCAUUUAAGCGGCGCGUAUUCAAGAGGAGAACCGCAGCUGAUGAAUGUAAGCCGAGACCUACAGAUCUGAUGCCUUGCAAGACACAAAAGAUGCGAGGCAAAUGUCCAACUGUUAUGUUACCCGGAUGUUCUUCCGCUCGAAUCCCACCCAAAUGUAAACGCUCAACUCAAAAGGCUAACUGUCGUAAGAUGUGCACUCCAUACCCGAGUUUCUCUGAAUGCUCGAAGAAACUACGUCCAAUGCAAGCGGUGGAGUGUCAUUGCCUUGAUAUACCAUCCCGAUGCGAAGUGUGGGAACAGUUACGCCGCCGUGCGACGAUGAAGAAAGUAUAA